AUGGACCGACGAAAGAUAAAAUCACGAGGGUUGCAUCGGAAUGUAAACACUCGAGACACUCAAUCUUCUACAGCGUCAACAGAAGAAGUCAAUGAUGCAUUUGCUAGUGGUAAUCUUUCACAAAGAUCACAACGUACGUCAAACACGGAAUUACUAAGAGCGUCACAACGGAGUUCUAAGACUAGUCUACUCAGACAACAAUCAAACUUAAUUGCACCAUCAACUUCGGGUACCAAUAAAAGACGUGAGUCUGAACCAAACCUCGACAUCAUUGACGAGUCUCCUGACAGCUCCGCCAAAGAAAAUGAACUACCAGAUAUUUUUUCUUCCCCUCGAGCCAAACGAGUCCGAGUUUCAGAAUCUCCGAGCCCAGUUAAAAAAGCUCCUGAAAAAGAAGCGAGAGACCCUAGAGUCAGUCGCAAGCCUACAGGAUUCGUUCCACGGAAUCGUCCUCAAACAGCAAAUGUCUUGAGUCAAUUUUUCAGUCACAUUGGAAUCUUGCCAGAUGAAAGCGACACUCAUUAUAUUUUAGAAAACGAUCCGUUGCUUACGGUUAAAAAAAUACAGCAAGCGUUACUCUCCGGUGAUUAUUCCAAGGAAAAUGUUUUAAAAGAGUUCGACAAUUAUCUGUCAGAAGAUCUUGGACAAGACAAUAAAUGCUUGAAUCCAACGACGAUAAACUCUUCCGAUGGUCGUCAAAUGGAUUCAUUUAAAAGCUCUUCGAUUAUAAAAAUUUUUUUACAAGUUCCUGCUAUACAGAGUAGCGUUUUAAAUAACAGUGUACCAUGGGCUUAUCAGUUACUCCAGCAGCUGCGUUUCCUUGAAGUAGUAAACGACCCCGAAGCAUUAACACUGAAACUCGAAGAAUUAUUAGAAACAAGUCCGAUAUGGUUUCAGCGUGAAUUAAUAACAUUUAUACCAGACAUAGUGACCGACACCCAGCAUCAAAUGAUAGCAGAAAUCCUCUGCAAGCUCAUGGAAGCCCAGCGAGAAUUAACAAACGUAAUUUUAGAUUGCAUUAGUAACUUAUCGCUGGGAAAAGAAUUUUUGGAAGAGCUCCGCGAAACCAUGCUGACUCUACUAGGCCGCAAUUGUCACAUAGAUCAGAUGGCAGCAAUAAUUAAGUUUACUUUAGACGACUGCCCAUCGAUCGACGUCUGUCAAACAGUAUUGCGUAACUUACGAGUGCUUGAACUCCAACCACUAGACGGAGAGAACUCUGAGGAGUAUUACUCAAACCAAACUAUCAUAGUAAGCGCGCUGAGGAUGGUAAUAGUUCUCAGUAAAGAGAUGGCCAAUGCAGCGAUAAACGUAGUCGCUUCAACAAGCACCAACAAGCAAGCCAAGCCAUUCGAUCUAAUUAUUCUGCUGCUUCUAUACGAAGGAACGGUUAAGAAAAAAAAAGCCGAGGCUAUACUCAAGCAGCACAUCAAGACUGCGUUCUACCGUUCGAGUCUGCUUAAUGACUUCUACUCCGGCUAUCAAGAAGUCGUUAAAGAUUUGCAGUCAGCGGCUUUGAAUAUGGCGAGUAAUUUGUUAAAAUCCGAGGACGGUGUCCUGAUAGACUUCACUACCGAUUGGUUUCGCCAUCAGUUUCUAAUUCACGGCGAGCUGAUUCACAAGCAGCGAGAAAUUGUUGAAAAAUUAAUCGUGCUGAUGGGUAAUAAUGAUCAGACUGCCAAGAACGCUCUUGCAAUUUUGUGCAAAAUGACUAAGAACAGAGACGAGCGUCGGUAUUUGCAAGCUCACUGUCAUUAUUUAAGAAUUUUGCUUGAAAAAAUGGAAAAACUUGACCUUAAAGAAGUCACUAUGCUCAAUGAUUUGUUACACGCACUUUGCGCUAGCUCUAGUACAAUCACCGAUACUCUGAGAGACGACCUGUUUAUUUUAUUGUCGAAACAAUUAUCUUGUCACGAUGGAAUUGUUAAAUCUAAAGGAGUCGCAGGAGGUGUCAUGGCCAUAAAACAUCUUGCGACAAGCGAGGAAGAGCUAAAAAUGGCUUUGGAUAUUUUUAAAAAAAUUCUGAGUGGUGUUAAAGAGUGUCCGAGGUCACGUGGAUUUUUUUACGACACCUUGGGCAGUAUCAUAGCGCAGAAUGAUGACAUAAAAGUGGAAUUUUUGAAUGAAAUUAUCAAGCUAAUUGAAGAUGAGUUUUUUAAUGUCUACAUAACAGACAGUUACGACGGUCCGCUGAAGCCUACCUUUAGAUUGAAUGCUUCUAAUGACCUUCAGGGACUUCUCGUUAAAUUUGGUUCGGGGAAGUACGAAGGAAUUGCACCAACUCUGCUGAGGUUAAUGAAAAUUUGUAACCAGCAUAUAGGCAAUGAAAGAUUGAAAAUCAGCGAGUUUUUUAACUGCGCGGUUUUAAUGCCAGCGGAUCUAGAUCUUCCGGAUGCGCAGACAAUAGAUCUUAUGUUUCAUUGUAUUAAUUGGUUCCGUGAACUAAUAAAUUCUUGUGUGACCGAGCGAAAUCCGCUUUUACAGAGGCUAAUUUCUAAGCGACUAGCUAAUGUAAUGCAGUUGCAAGGAGAGCUAGCGACUUUGCUGUCGUUGGCUGAUGCGCGUUAUCAAGCCCCGCCGUGUUACUUUCAUUCGUUUCCGCUGCCCUCGUUUAAUAAGGUUGAGAAAAAGAGCAGCAAGAAGGGAAAAAAAGGAACCGAAGACAAAGACAAAGACAAAAGCGUCGCGGAGAAAACUUUACCUGAAUGGGAAUCCUGGGAAAUGGGGUCACUACUCAGUACUAAAAAUCCCAUGUACUUUAGACGAUUAGAUGCGGAAAUUUUGUAUCUGCUUGAUGUUACUAUACCUGUUCAAAUGUCACAAAGUAAUGUUGAUAAUGUUUCGACGGGACAGGUUUGUUUUAUUAUUAAAGAGUUACUUGCCAGUUUUAAUGAAGAUAAUGUCACGGAAAAAUUUAUGAAAGAUUUGAUUAGUCAGCUAUCGAAAAUUUGUAUGAAGUUGUCGGAUUUUGUUGAUAAAUUGAGAGUUGAAGAGAGUAGUCAGCAUAAUUAUGCAUUCAGACUGAUUUUAAGUCUUCUUACUGCGAUUUUUAAUUGGAAGGGAUUUAAUAAUCCAGCGCAUCAUGAAUUAUUAAGAGAGGGACUUAGAACACUUGCUGGCCAAGUAGAUGAAUCAAAUUUAUCUCUUCGAUCUGCUAGAGAAUUAGUUUCUGAAUCUUACAAAUAUUUCGAGUCAUUAGCUGACGUUGCUACGCAAAUUUCGAUAGCUUCUGAGCUUGUUGACACGUGUAAAGCUUUAAUGAAACACUCGACAACGUUUAGCCGAGAAAAAAAAGACAAACAAGCGAAAAUGGCGUAUGGAUUUUUGUGCCUGGAAUGGCCCAAUGAUCGACAGACUGGUCCUCUGUUUAGAUCGUCGGUGUCGAGGCUGCUGAAAAACUGGCUUGAACAUGAGCCAAAUCCUUUAGAAACAGUAUCGUCAGUCUUGGAAUGGCUGCCUGAAGAAGCUAAUACUUUAGAGAAGCCUCAAGAUAAGUUGACGAGACUACCGACAAUUAUGCGCUCGAAUUUGCAUAAUUUGUACCAAAAAUUGUACGAAGCCUUUUUAAAAGGAACUAAGCUUGCCUUACAGCCUGCAAUGACUGACGUUCAAAAAUUGAAAGUCUGGAAGGAAGUAGCUCUAAAUUUAUCACGCCUAGUAGCGAUUUGUAAAAAGGUUUCCACUAAAAGCAUGUUGAUGGCUUACUUGAGAUGUACACCAGCCCUGUUGAAGAUUUUCCUCGAGUCAGCAAUUCCCACUUUUGAACACUGUUUGCGAAAUCAUGCCGAUGAAGUUACAUCAACCAUUAAAAUGGUUCAGGGAGGGACUAGAUAUUUGAAUGCAAUCUGCUGUCACAGUACUGAACAAAAAGACAUAGCUUUAUCCAAAUUAAUUCCAAAUGCCAAAACUAUUUUGGAGAAAAUGGUUUACUCUGUUAAAGGAAUGCUAGUGUUUAAUAAUACCAGCGGCGCUUUCUGGAUGGGUAAUCUUCUUAAUAAGAAUCUUGAUGGUCAAGCAAUAUUAUCUCAGGGAUCUGUUUCAACUGAUGAGAGACCAACCUCAGUGACUGAUUCAUCAGUUCAAAGCGAUGAUGAUGUUUUAUCCGAUAUUUUGGACGAUGAUCAAGAUGAAGAAAACGACAACUCAAAUAUUGGUGAUGGUGAUGAAUAAAUAGUAUUAAAAAAAAAUCAAAUUACAAAAAUUACAA